AUGAAGUAUACCACCUCCCUGAAAGUUGUCAAAAACCUCGCUAGGAACGCAAAGGCAUGCCCACGUGCGACCCACCCUGAAAGCUUUCCGAGAUGUCACUUUAUGACGAUACUUAUUUUCCAGAUCAACAUUGGUAUUGUGUUUGUGCUGCUCAAUUCUUCUUUUUCUAUCUACAGCUCGCCGGUACAACCGAUACCACUGAAUAGGAUGGAUCUUUAUAAGAAUGGAUAUACCGCCUCCAAUACAUCAGCCAAUGUAUCUCUUGCAGCAUACGAGUAUAAAAUUGUGCUCGUGUUCAGUGUACCCCCUUUCCCUUGCCAGACAGAGCAGACAGAGGUGGUGGAACAUAGGCAACAACACGUACUCGUCAUCGAAUUUCUAACCCCUGUUUUGGUCCAUGUUCCGUUAACUGAAAUCCUAUUCAUAUCCGGAGUGGAAAAGAAAGACAAAAACAAGUCCAUUGGUCAGAUCUGUCAGAAUCUCAGGAAUGUUGCCCAGAGUUCUGAGUUCAAAGCUCUAAGCCCAGCUGCCAAAAGCCCGAACAAGGGAAGGCAACCUAAUCAACCAAGAUUAAGUCACGACCUUUGUAACCUCACGGCCACUUUCUUUCCUAGAGCUUGCCCCACCCAUUCUUUGGCUUUGGGACUAGCCUAUCAACAAGGGCUAAUUCUACGAGGAGUUUCACCCAAAAGAGAUGCUUCUUUCGAUCCUUUCCCAAUAAGGUUGGCGUCUUGCUUCGCUCCUGAGAAGAAUGUCUCAAUGUCCCAAUGUCCUGGGAGUAAAGGGGCUAUCGGGAAAGCAAUUCCUAAGCUUUACGAUAGGUGGAAGAUUUCCCUGACUGAGGAAUUGCUGCUGCCGAAUCAAGGCAAGGAAGAAAGAUCGGACUCGGCAAAGCCGGAAUUCAAUCCAAUUCGAAAUAGCUACAAUAAAGUCAAUAGGAAGGCAUUGCAAGGGAAGAAGGCAAAGAAAGUAUGGCCCUUGAACCCAAAGAAGAAGAAGCUAAAACUUAUCCUACGCAGCUACCUCUUUCAGGCGAGCUUCCUCCUCCUCCAGAACGACCCCAGUCGUCAUAUGGUCAGAUUCCCUCUUCUCGCAUUCGCUAAAGCAAUUAAAGCUCCAGUCGAUUCUGAUGAUUAUCCCGUUGAUUCUGUAGAUGAGGCAGCAAAGAUUACUAUUACUUUAUGCUUGUUAUGCUUAGCCGGGAAAAAGAUCUUUGUUUCAGCAGAACUGAUUGAAGCUAGUGGUAAAGGAGCUCCAACCUUCACUUCUUCCUCCUGUAGACUCUUCCGCGAAAGGACUACUUGCCAAGGAGGAAAACAGGCAUACAAACAAGCCCUCAUAAAUAAGUUUUGCCGAGCACAACAGUCAGAAAUGAGAAAGAUUUGCCUUAAAGGCGAGAGAUCUAAUACCUGUCACAUCAAGAGCCCAGUAUUGUUGAACAUACCAGUCAAAGGCAGCACGGGUGCCGGGGAGGGGCUGCUUUCAAAUACGCAUGUGAGAAUUGAAUUACCACCCUCACUGACUGCCCUUGUGCCUAGAUCCUCUUGCUAA